AUGCUCUCCGCAUUCCGGCCAGAAGCCAUCCACGAGCUCAAAGCACGAGACAAGUCCAAGAUCGAAUCGCUAUUGGCGUACGGCGAUCGUCUACUUGUUGGCCUCAGCACCGGCUCUCUACGAAUAUAUCGUGUGAACGAACAGUCAUCGCCAGCACCCUGGACAGAAAGCAAUGGCGAGGGUAGCCAAGCUCCUACUCCAGCGACCAUCCCACGAUCGAUCGAAUUACUACGAGAAGAAGAGAAAUUUUCACGGCGACCGGUGCAGCAACUAGCCAUCGUCAAGGAAGCCAGCUUGCUCGUCAGCCUGAGCGACGGCUAUAUCAACCUCCAUGACCUCCAGAGCUAUGCGCCAGUCGAGCGCAUCGAACGAACGAAAGGCGCUACCUGCUUUACAGUUACGAGCAAUGUCGUCAAGGACCUCGAAACUGGUGUGCCGUCUCUAGUCAGCCGACUCGCAGUAGGCGUGAAGCGAAGAGUGCUGUGCUGGACAUGGCGGGAUAUGGAAAUGGAGGGUCAGGAACCGAUGGCAUUGGACAUGGAGGCCAGUGUCAAGAGUCUGAACUGGGUGCAGAAGAGCAACAUGAUGGUGAGGCUAGUGGUAGGCAUGGAUCCUGGAUUUGCCAUCGUGGAUGUGGAUGCUACGGUGGGUAGUGAAGGCGCGGCAGGCGAGGAAGCCGAUGGCGUAAAGCCUGUCUUCAAGCCAGCGAGUAGGCAAGAUACAGCCUCGGGCGAGCUAGCAGGUGUGAGGUUUGGUGCAGUGAGCAGUAGUGGGAUGGGUUACAUGGGUAUGGGAUCGUGGGUGCCGAAGCCCAUGGUUACUGGGUUGUCAGAUGGGCACAUUCUCUUCGCAAAGGACGUCAACACUUUGUUUACAGAUAUUGAUGGGCGAGCACUCGAAAAACGGCAGAUUCCAUGGGCUCUGGCACCUGAAGCGGUAGGCUACUCGUAUCCAUUCCUCCUUGCGCUACAACCGCCGGAGAAAGGUACGCUGCAGAUUCGCAACCCUGACAGUCUGACUUUACUCCAAACCAUACCUGUGCCGAGCGCCCACAUCUUACACGUCCCGCAAGCCAAUAUCAGUCUGGCGCAUGCUGGCAAAGGCUUCCUCGUAGCUUCCGAACGCACGAUCUGGCGUAUGAACGCUUUACCGUAUGAUCCGCAGCUCGGCGAGCUAGUAGAGAAGCAGCGAUUUGAUGAAGCUAUCAGUCUCUUGACACUACUGGAAGAUACCUUGAUUGAUGACAAGCUCGGACGCAUCCGCGAAGUCCAGAUCAUGAAAGCCAUCUCACUCUUUCAGCAGCAGAAGUAUCAACCAGCUCUGGAUCUCUUCACCGAUGCCGCCGCACCACCAGAGCGCGUCAUUGCGUUGUAUCCACGUAGCAUUACUGGAGACCUCAGCAAUGUGCCUGAUCCAGUGACUGAAGACAAUGGCAAUGCAGAAAUAGUCCCAGAAGGUGAAAGCAAAGCCGAUGAAAGCACGAACAAGGAGCCGCCUGUGACACCCUCGAAGGGCAUGCUAAGCAAGUUCCGGUCGACUGGUCAUGCUCGAAAAGAAUCAGACCCGGCGUCCAUUAAGACAGCUGCUCGAAUUGAUAGCGAUAAUAUGAGCAUCAGGCCCUUGAAAGCCACUCCCACAAAGGCCGCACCUGUAGCGGAUAAGCCGCUCGAAGGCGAGGAUCUCAAAUUGGCGGUGCGGUGGCUUUGCUCCUUUUUGGCGCAGGCCAGAAGGCAAAUCCAGAAGUACGUGGGAACAGAUGGAUCCUUGAAGCAGGACCCGCCCGAGAUGGAUUUUGAGACUGGUAGGCCUGUCGGCUUUGCGACUCUUCUACCCGAGCGCGUCUAUGGUAACAAAAGCGAGAGUGGCAAAGCUAGCAAGGAUGAAAUAAAGAUUGAUUAUCAUCAGGCCCUCCUCGAAACAGCGAAACUGGUCGACACGACAUUGUUCCGCGCCUACAUGCUCGCUCUGCCAUCACUAGCCGGUUCAUUGUUUCGUCUCAAUAACUUCUGCGACCCAGAAGUGGUGCAGGCAAGCCUGUACGAGAACGAGCGCUACGGCGACCUAAUCGACUUCCUACACGGCAAACGUCUUCACCGGCAAGCGCUUGAGAUGCUACAGCAAUUUGGCCAAGGCGAGGCGGAAGAUGAAGAUAGUGUGCCAGAGGGGAUGCGUGGACCGGAUAGGACGGUAGUGUAUCUGAAACAGCUACCGCCCGAACUUGUGGAGCUCGUGCUGGAGUUUGUGAAGUGGCCAUUGCAGGUUGAUGCGGAAAAGGGCAUGGAGGUCUUUCUUGCGGAUACUGAGUAUGCUGACAGGAUGCCGAGGAAGAUCGUUUCGGAAUUUCUGGAAGGUCUGGAUCGGAAACUUGAGGAGGAGUAUUUGGAGCAUGUUAUCAACGAACUGGGCGAUGAUACGAGGAACUUUCAUCAGAAGCUGCUAGAGCUAUAUCUUGCACAUCUGAAGGAAGUUAAGGAAGGCGAUGAGAAGGUCAAAUUGAAAGCGAGGUUGGAGGACUUCCUUUGCAAGAGUAAUUCUUACGACGAAGCUGCGACCUUUCGCCAGCUUCCAGCGGACAAUCCGAGUUUCUUUGAGUCCCGCGCUAUCGUGCUCAGCGCCAUGGGUAAUCACAAGCAAGCUCUCAGCAUCUACGUCUACCAGCUCAAGGACUAUGCCAAAGCCGAACGCUACUGCAACGACAUCUACGCUAAACACCUAAAGGCCGUCCGUAAUGACACUACUGAAACCGAUACCAAUCUUCUACAGCACGAAAAAGGCCUUUACGCUUUCGAGGCGCCAGAUCGGCAUCAUGCUCACAGCGAGGGAGACGGCGAUGAGAACGUAUUCGCGAUGCUGUUGGGUCUUUAUCUGCGUCCACCAAGCUCGGCUAGUGAGGAGAAGAAGUGGCCGCAGGCAUUGGAUCUGCUUUCGAGACAUGGGGCUAGGUUGCCUGCGAGCAGUACGCUUGACCUUAUGCCUGAUGAUCUGAGCGUUAGUGAGUUGCGAGAGUACUUCGUCGGCCGUGUGAGGAGUGCGACUAGUGCUUUACGGCUUAGCAGUGUAGUCCGUGGAUUGACUGGUGUCAAGCGCAUAGGUGCAGAAAGGACGUUGAUAGUUGGUGUGGAUGUGCAGGAUGGUAACAUGGCUAUAGCUAAGAAGGCAGGCAGGAACGCACGGGUGAGGAUUGGAGAGGAGGAUCAUUGUCGAGUGUGCUUCAAAAGGUUCGGAGCCUCGGCUGUGAGGGUGUUGCCGGACGGCAGUGUGGUACACUACAUGUGUGUUGGCAGUAGGCGGCUAGGUGAAGGUCUCAAUGUGACUUCGACGAGCGUGGGGAGGAGGGCCAGUGGGCAGAGAGGGUGGGGUUGA